GCUCUAUGUAGCCCUGCUGUCUACCGCAGGCUGAAGAGUGUACUACCAAACGGCCAUAGGCCGGUUAGCUAGUCAGGUGCUAAGCCAGCUAAGUUGCAGGCAGCAGCGUUGUACCUUACUUCUGCGGGGUAACGUUAUAAUGGUCGUAACGCAAAACGGUAGCUCAAAGUUGAAUGAAGGAGCAGGUCGUUGUUUGGAUUGUUUUUAAUUAGCUAACUUGGGUGUAGCUAACGCGGAAGGCAUCCACACAGAGUAAUCAAUGAUUAGUUUAACGGACACAACACUCGGCUGAUUUUAAAAGGCAUUUCUUCCUGAGUUAAGGAUGUCUAAACGCCUGAGAAACACUGAGGUCUGCGCUGAUUGCAAUGUUCCAGAACCUCGCUGGGCCUCCGUGAACAGGGGCGUGUUGAUUUGUGAUGAGUGCUGCAGUGUUCAUCGAAGUCUGGGAAGACAUAGCUCCCAAGUCCGCCACCUGACGCACACGCCAUGGCCUACUACACAGCUGCAGAUGGUUCAGACGUUAUACAGCAAUGGUGCAAAUUCAAUAUGGGAGCACUCCCUUCUGGACCCUGCAUCUGUGAUGAGUGGAAAACGCAAGGCCAACCCUCAGGACAAACUGCACCCAAACAAAUCAGAGUUUAUAAGAGCCAAAUAUCAAAUGCUGGCAUUUGUCCAUCGCAUGCCUUGCCGGGAGGAUGACAGCUCGACAGCCAAGGAUUUAAGCAAGCAACUUCACUCAAGUGUACGCACCGGGAAUCUAGAGACUUGUUUGAGGUUGCUAUCCCUGGGAGCACAAGCUAAUUUUUUUCACCCCGAAAAAGGAAACACUCCCUUGCAUGUAGCUGCAAAGGCAGGGCAAGUAUCUCAGGCUGAACUAUUAACUGUUUAUGGGGCAGAUCCUGGAGCCCCUGACAGCAAUGGCAAAACCCCCAUUGAAUAUGCGAGGGAGGCUGGCCACCAUGACCUGGCAGACAGACUGGUGGAGAUUCAGUAUGAGCUAACUGAUCGACUGGCGUUCUACCUGUGUGGGAGGAAACCAGAUCAUAAAAACAGCCAGCACUUCAUUGUUCCUCAAAUGGCCGACAGCAGUUUAGAUUUAUCAGAACUGGCCAAAGCAGCAAAGAAGAAGCUACAGUCUCUCAGUAACCAUUUAUUCGAGGAGCUGGCCAUGGAUGUGUAUGAUGAGGUGGACAGACGAGAGACUGAUGCAGUGUGGUUGGCCACGCAGAACCACAGCACCCUGGUGACGGAGACAACGGUGGUGCCUUUCCUCCCUGUGAAUCCAGAGUACUCAUCAACACGAAACCAGGGACGACAGAAACUUGCAAGAUUUAAUGCACAUGAAUUUGCAACUCUUGUGAUUGACAUACUAUGUGAUGCUAAGCGCAGACAACACGGGAAUUCAGUAGCCAGUCCCAAAGACAAUGUUGAACUUAUCCUGAAGAGUGUGGCUGUCAGGCAUUGCAGUGAUAGCCAGGACAAUGACCAGCCUGACUAUGAUAGUGUGGCGUCUGAUGAGGAUACAGAUCAAGAGCUCCCCUCGGGCAAAGGAGACAGGACCAAGAGUCUGGACUCUGACCUCUCAGAUAGCCCUAUUACCAUGCAAGAAUACUUGGAGGUGAAAAAUGCGCUCUCUGCCUCCGAAGCCAAGAUCCAGCAGCUCAUGAAAGCCAACAACAACCUGAGUGAUGAACUGAGGCUGAUGCAGAAAAAGCUGCAAUCUCUGCAAAGCGAGAACACCUCUCUCAGGCGGCAGGUCACAACCAAUAUCUAUCAGAUCCCCAGCGGUUCAGACUACCCUGACCCCUCCAGUCCCUCAGCCCUGAAACGCCGGCAGUCUGCGCGGGCCAGUCGGCCCAUGUCUAUGUAUGAGACCGGCUCAGGCCUGAAGCCCUAUCUCCCUAAAGGGGAAACUCCCUACCCAGAGGAGGGUAUCCCCACCCUGCAGCCCUUCCCACCUCAUACGGAAAGGGGCGCUUUUGUGACCACCUCUUCAUCCCUCCCCUCAUUUCCAUCCACCCUGUCUUGGUCGAAGGACGAAAGUGCUCAAGAGGCCUCAAAGUUAGAGAAGCAAAGCAGCAUGCCAGAAAGUGACUAUGACAAUACAUUCUAUGACUCUGAGAUGGACGAUUCAGGGUUGUGCAGGAGAGGGAGGCUGAGAAGCAGUGGCUGGCUGGGGGAGGGCAGCUCUAUCCCCGAGUUGGAUGAUCUGGAGAUGGAGUCAGACCCCACACUUCCCAGCACAGAGGACGUCAUCCGCAAAACCGAGCAGAUCACCAAGAAUAUCCAAGAGCUGCUAAGAGCUGCUCAAGAGAACAAACAUGACAGACCAUGUGAGCGUGAAGGUGUGCGUCGGCUCAGGCACAGCCUGGGAUGUUUCAGCACUCUGGUACCCUGGGCUGAGAAGGCCCCCUCUCCCCUUCAGCCGCUCAGCCUCCGGUCCCCUGACCCCACCUCCUGCUUCAUGCCCUGCUCAGAAAGAAUACAUGUGGCUGUAACAGAAAUGGCUGCCCUCUUUCCCAAGAGGCCACGCUCAGAGACCGUGAGAGGCUCUCUGCGCUUGUUGACCUCCAGUGCAUACCGGCUUCAGAGCGAGUGCAGGAAGGCGGUGCCUUCAGAGGGCUGCCCAGGACCGGACAUGCAGCUGGUCACUCAGCAGGUCAUCCAGUGUGCUUAUGACAUUGCCAAGGCCGCCAAGCAGCUUGUCACCAUCACCACAAAGGAGAACACUAACUAACAGCACUUACAGAUCUGCAAAGCCGUUAGCAUCUCAGUUUUGUUCUUAUCUUUUUUAGAUCAUUUUGUUGUUUUUUUUGUAUUUAAGGUAUAUGCAUGCAUUCUUUUUUUUUUUUUAAAUUUAUGAAUAAGUAAUGACAAUAUUUAAAGCCAACUCUGGACAAAAUCUGAGUGUAAAGGGAAAAAGUCAGCAGCUUCACUUAGAAAGACCCAGCUGUUUUAAUAGCACAAUUUUUCUUGAGUUAAAGACAAAAUGCAGCAGCUAGCAGGCCAGGGAAAUAUAAUGGUUUCCAGAUUACUCUUUAAAAAUUAGAGUAAAACUUGCUCUUACUUAUAAAUAAUAUUUAAUCAGUCCAUAAUGUAAAUAUCUAUUAUUGAGAGAGGGAUUUAAGCACAGUACAGUGAACGUACAUGAUGAUACAGGUAUUUGUUAUCAGUCCAAAGCCAGGCACAGAUGCUGAAAAGCCAUAAAUGACUCAUGAAUCCACUGUCACUGAAUUCUAUUGCAAACAAUCUUGUAGCUAAAGGAGCUUCCUCUCAUUAAUUGCACUGUGCAAGCAUCAUCAUACUAUAAACUUUAAUCCUCAUAAACAGGUUGACCCUUUAGUCCAUUAAAUGUUGGGAACUUCAUGUAUGCACACUUUGUAGCUCUGCAAUGCUAAUGUUUGUUGCAUCGAAAAAGCUAUUUAUAUGGUUUGUCCCCUGUCCCAGUGUAAUCCAGUCUGCGGUGUACUUAUUUCAGCUAUUUAUGUUAUGCCCAUUUGCUAAGUCAGAGAAUGCGAAUAACACUUGUUCAUGGGGCAAGUCAUAUUCUUCACCAGCACCAAGAUGUUGUUGUAUUAAGUUAUCAUGAUUUGGUGUGUUUCUAACAGGCUCCACACUGCAGAGUAUUCCGCAGUCUUGUGUGCCAUUGCAGUGGUGGUGAUGUUACAAGAUAUUUAGAGCUAAGAGCCAUACUGUACGUACGUCCAUGUGUUUUGUGCUCUUUUCUGUUGCUGCUAGUUUUGUAUUUAAUGUGCAACAUGUGGGAUAGAACUGUAGACAUCUCCUGUGUUAUUGUCCAACCCGACGUUCAUCCUCGCCAAGUGUUUCAGAGUUCAUUGUCAUUUUGAAAUCUGUUAAGUUGUUCUUCUGUUAACUUGCAC